CUACAAUAUCUUUUAUUUAUAGUGCAUACUUGAUCGGAAACACAAAUCAAGAUGGGUAAAGAUUACUACAAGAUCCUCGGCCUCUCCAAGGGUGCCUCUGAGGAGGAUAUCAAGAAGGCCUACAGAAUGGCCCUCAAGUAUCAUCCAGACAAGAACAAAUCAGCUGAUGCCGAGGAAAAAUUUAAAUUAGUUGCAGAAGCCUACGAGGUUCUGAGUGACAAGAAGAAGCGCGAUAUCUACGACCAAUAUGGAGAGGAAGGCCUGAAGGGUGGAGUGCCAGGCAGUGGAGCACCGGGCACUCACUACACCUACACGUUCUCAGGUGACCCUAGAGCCACCUUCCAACAGUUCUUCGGCACCAAUAACCCCUUCAGUUUCUUCAACAUGGACGUGGACGGCCACGGCACGCAUGACGUGUUCGAGGACAUGGACGCCGAGGACGACCCUUUCAUCAACAUGUUGGGUGGCGGGGGCCGCAUGGGCGGGGGGACUCGGAGGGCCUUCAGCUUCAACCCCCACGAUUCCCCGAGGUUCUACGAGAGCAAGGGUCGUCACCAGGACCCAGCGGUUACCAGGGACCUAUACGUGUCCCUAGAGGAGGUCGUCAAGGGCGUCACCAAGAAGAUGAAGAUCACGAGGAACGUCCUGACGGCGGACGGACGGUCGACGCGGCGCGAGGAAAAGAUCCUGACCAUCGAGGUCAAGCCAGGGUGGAAGGAAGGCACCAAAAUCACCUUCGAGAAGGAGGGUGAUCAGUCGCCAGGGAAGAUCCCCGCAGACAUCAUCUUCGUCAUUAGGGACAAACCUCAUCCUCUGUUCAAGCGCGACGGAGCAAACCUCGUGUACACCGCCAAGUUACCUCUACGCGAUGCCCUGUGUGGCACCCGGGUCUCCGUUCCUACCUUGACUGGCCAGCAGGUCACCCUCAACUUUAGCAACGAAGUAGUGAAGCCCCAGACAACCAAGCGUCUCCAAGGAUACGGUCUUCCCUACCCGAAGGACCCGACGAGGAAGGGUGACAUCAUCGUCCACUUCGACAUCCAGUUCCCUGCGAAUCUCACUGAAAGUGCCAAAGAGAUUCUGUCGGAAGUCCUGCCCUUGUAAACAGCAGUUCGAGACAGUUCUCGAAGUCGGAGGUUGUUCCGAAAAUUUGGCCAUAAAAGGGGGGUUCCGGUAUCCAGAACCGAGUCCAUAUGUGGCAGCUGUUGAACUGGCGGCGUCGAGCUGCUCUCGGCAGGGACGGCCGACGACCCUAGAAGGAGGGAACGAGGUCGUGUUCGGUGGGCGGCUGGAAGACUCACGACCUGCUGCGUGUGGCGGUGUGGUGACCAAGGAGUGAGAGCUCAAGACAAUGAUAACACACUCUUCCACCUGAAGAGUGAGUGUGAGUGUUGCGUUGCUACGGAUCUCCGGUGUGAUACUGUGUAUUGUGACGUUAGAAAGACCUUAUUAUUUAUUUUCUCUGCACGAGUGUACGAUCAUAAGAAGCAAUGUGAAUGGACUUAAAACAAUCCAGAAAGAUGCGAAAUGGAGGUAACUACGAGUGAAACGAGGCAGCGGCGAGUGAGAG